UUGAUACGAAUCGCGAUCGAAACGUUAUCGCACUUAACUAUAUUAUUUAACUUUCGAUAGCUUAUUAUCAAUAAUGUUUUGUUCUCGUUGCUAAUACUGAUGUUUAAUCCACCUUUAUUCGGUAUCUGCCUUAGUGUUGUCUCAAUCUCUAUGUGUAAUAAAGAUAAGCUACUGCAUUCCUGUAUACCUAUACAGUCUUGGUGAAAUUUACAUGUAUAAAAAAAAUUGGAUAUAUAACGUUUGACAUCGAUUUCCCAAAUUUUGUAACAAUUGGAUAAUUUGACAAUGUUCUUUUAAUAUCCGUUCCUUUGAUUUCAUUUCUAUCCGUUUUUCUUUUUACAACUGAAGAAGGUGUUACACCGUGGUUGGUUGCCAGUGAAUAAUCAUAAGCAUAGGAAAAGAAAAGUAAAUAACUGACUGAGACGUAUUCUCUAAGCGAUAAAUCAUGCAUUCGAUCGAUCUUUUCCUUCGAUCUUUCAACUAGCAGGAAAUAUUGCGUUUUACAAAGUACAUACAUCGUGCAAGUUACGUAAAAAGCAUCAAGGGAACAUUUUUGUCAUCAACUGCGCGGCAACUGCGAAAAUUGUAGUCACGCGGCAAACGUCCCUAAGUUCAACUGCAGCCAUCGAAACGAUCAGUGUUCUCCAAUAAUGUGUUACCUACAUUCAAGAAAAUAUUCGAUUUGAUAAUUAUCACUUCCAACACAAUUAAGUUACUUUGUUUCAGAUCUUUUGUCUUAUUAGAAUCGUCGUUCUUGCAACCGUUUGUACAUUCGUCUGUCGUCAUUUAGUUGAUCGGUUUCGUGUCUUUAUACUAAUUGUACGAAGAAUCGUCAUACAAAAAGCGUCGUCAAAUUUAAGUGAACCGUAAAUAUAUUUUAAUGUUUUGUAUUAAGGAAAAUCUCUAAGGAUAUUCGAUAGAGUUUAUAUUAUGUGAAAAAAAGAGAAGAAGCUUAAAACGGAAAUGAAAAACAAUCGUAUUAUUGAUAAAACGUUUAGUUGAUGGCACUUAGAAUCGUAUCGGAUAUCUAAUGGAGUUGACAUCGAGGGAAAAGAAGGUGACUUUCGAAGGUCGCAAAUGCAGUGGUAGUAAGAAUCGCGACAAUUCGCGAAUCGGCCGUUUCAUCGUGGAUUAUUGGAUGUACUGUCAUCAAGAAUUGCUUUUCAUAGACUAGCGUCGUAGUUUUGCAGUGCAACAGAGACAAAGUUUAAAAAGCAAAGGACGAAUCAAUGAAACUCAAUGAAAUUUGACAUUGUUAUUUUAUUAUAGAUUUUGGCAGUAGUUGCUGACACUUCAUUGUCAUCUCAUUUCAGACGUUCAAUUAAAGAAUGUCGAAGAAACAAUGGUUGGUCCUGUUGAUGCUGUUUUUGACUUACUUGUUGCUAGGUGCUUCCAUUUUCUACCAUAUCGAGAGUCGCCUAGAAAUCGAACGCGUCGAAGAAGCCAAACGUGAACGCAUCGAAAUUAACGCUUUACUUCACGCACAUUAUGUGCCUAAUCUUAGUCACGAUCACGAUGAAAUUCUUGGAAAAUUGACACGGUACUGUGGAAAGUCGGUUUAUAAUUAUACCGACGGCGAGACGGACCCCCUUAAAUGGGAUUUUUAUAACAGUUUCUAUUUUGCUUACACCGUCGUCAGCACGAUAGGUUACGGGAAUUUGGCUCCGACGAAUAUGCUUGGCCGCAUCCUGAUGAUAUUUUACGGUCUGAUAGGGAUACCUAUGAAUGGGAUUUUGUUAACACAACUAGGAGAAUUUUUUGGGCACGUAUUCGUCAAAGCUCAUCAGAAGUACAAAUCGUACAAGCGUGACCAUAAUGACUAUUAUACCAGAAAAUUAACAACGUUCGAAACGGGAAAAGUUGGGUUGGCUGCACAGAUAUUCGCUCAUCUGAUGCCAGGCUUCGUCAUGUUCAUCUUUUUCCCGGCAUUUGUCUUCUCCCAUUAUGAGGGUUGGAGUUACGACGAAGCUGUUUACUACGCUUUUGUCACAUUGACAACCAUUGGUUUCGGAGAUUACGUGGCAGGACAGGACAAUAGCAAGGGUAGCGGAUUUUUCUUUAUGUUAUACAAGACCUUCCUGAUCUGUUGGAUUUCGUUUGGACUGGGAUACACUGUCAUGAUUAUGACGUUUAUCGCACGAGGUAUGCGCAGUAAGAAGAUUACUAGAAUCGAGCAUAAACUAGCGAUCAAUUUGAAGCAUACACAAAGUAAAAUCUGGAACGAAUUCAACAAGGAGAUAAACUACCUGCGUCGUGCUUUCAACGAGUUACAGCUAUCUAAAGUUAAGAGAGUAUAUAUCGAUGAAUGUAAUUAUGAGAUUCCACCUUCGAAAUUUCCACGUAGCAAUAGCUUUCCUGAUCUUCGAGAUUUGCUCUAUGGUUCAAAAGAGAAAGAUAAGUUGUGUAACAGACCUCGACGUCGCGCCAACAGCGAAGUGGUACCGACGGAAGAUCAAAUAACUCGCGUCGUUUCUGAGACUGAUCUUCAAAGAAUCGAUAAAACGGCAACAUUCGCAACUCAUGCGAUGGUUCAGCCAGCAGAAUUGUUGGCAAGAUUGGUUAAUAUUCUUGGUUACAUACCACCAGCUACAGAGGAUACUGGAGCUGAUGAUUCGAAUCAGACAACUUUCGUUAGCCAAGAUAUCGGAUAUCGUGGUAACAGGCUCGAAGAAAAUAACAGUAAAGUAUAUUCGGAGGAAGAGCCAACUUACACGUCCAGUACUGGACUCUGGACCAUCGGCCAUGAAAAAAUACCAGCAUAUCGCUUUGCUAAUCCUCGUUCAAGAGCGGCUAGUGAGAUCAGACUACACGAGACGAAGAAAGAAGAUCGAAACACGGAACGAACCUGGUCCGGUCCGACGGCAGCUAGAAAAAUUCAUGAAUUGAUGAAAUCGCGAAUAAGCGAAUCAUCUGGUAAAGAACAUGGCAUUAAAGAAAGAAAAUUUUCUAAACUUCGUAACUUUGCAUUAACAAGAUCUGUUUCCAAAGUACUGGUUUCAUCUACUCCUUGGAAAGGUCGUUUCUCAAUGAGUUCAGAGAAAAAGAAUUCGGAGUUAGAUCACGAGAUUAACAGAGACACCGAACAAUCAUUCCCAUUGGGAUCGGUAGCGAUCGAUGAUAGACGAGACUCGACCACUUCAAAUCUACGGAGACAUUAUUACACUCACACUGGUGCAGGUAGCAAUCUUAAUACAGAAACUACUAAUAAUUUGCUCGAGGAAACCAGUUUGGCCGAUUUUUUGAGAGCCCUCACUGCUCUUCACGCGAGCGUCGUUACGAAUGGCAGUUGGACCUCAGCUACGAACACGGAUCAGAUUCAACGUAAUCAACCUCGAAGAAAAAUGGGCACCGCUUCCUUGACACCGCCGAAACUUCCCAGUUUGUUCACGUUAUUUUCGCCUUCUCCGCCUACAUCGACAACUCAAAGUAAUCAAAAUACGAUUACGCAAGAGUUUAAUGUAAACUCGAACGAAAACAAGCUCCCUUGGUCUCAAAACCGACGAGAGUCGAGAAGAGGUAGUUUGAUAUUCGUCGCACCUACUACUACAAAAUCGAGAAGAUUUUCUUUAAGACCAGUAGCGACACCCAUUAGUCCUCCAACGCCUCCGAAGAACGAUACAUCAUUCUUAUCGGAUUCACAGCAAAUGCCAUACGAAAGUAGAUCAACGUCCUUGUUUGAAUCACUCAAAGAACCUCUUAUUUCAACGGAGAGAGCACCGGGACUUUCAACGCCAAUAAAAUCAUUUUUAAACGAUCGGCGUUUCUCGCUACGACCUACUCAAAAUCCGAACGGAUGUUUAAUAGAUAAUAAUCCCGCCGCUCUCGUUCCUACGCUCAAAGCUGUACCUCGUUGGAAGGCUGGGAUGUUACAACGACAAAUCAGUCAAAUGAAUCUUCGACGUCGAGCUAGAGCCUUUAGUUUGAGCGACGUUCACGCUGAAGAUCUCAAAGAAAGAGCCGAGCCUUUUGAUCUGUCGUCCAGUAAUUGCAAGAAACAUAAUUAUGAUACAAACGAAUAUCGUAAAAAUAUAUCUCCGAAUAAAUCUGAGAGAGAAGAUUUGAAAAAUGACGGAUUCGCAAAUUCCAUUGAAAAGUCAGAUCAGUUUACGUCUUCGGUUUGUACUUCAGCUGAACGAUAUUCGUCGUUUUCGCAAGAAAGUGCUUUAACAAAUUCUGUUCGACUCGAAGAAAAAAACGUGCGAAUUUUUGAACCACAUACUCAAUCCAUUUCAAGUAUAGCCUCAACAGAGAAUAUCAAUCAUUUGAACGAACAUAUUUCUUGUCCCCCGUUAGAUAUAUACAACGAAGAAAAAUUCGCUUCAUCCAGCACAGAGAAACAGGUAUCCUCGAACGAUUCUUCUACUACUAAUGAUUCUACUCUCAAUUAUAAUUCAUUCACCGAUAUUGAUACAUUACAGGAAUUACAGGAAUCAUUAGUGGAAGUGAAAAUAGAGAACCCCAUUACGAAUAUCGUUCGUAAUCCUUUUACAGCUGACGUUUCUCUAAAUAAUUCGCUUGAUUCACUUUCAGAGCUGAAAGUCGAAAAGCAUGGAUCGCACUUGCCUAUUAAUAAAUCGUGACAUGCGGUAUUUGCUGAACGUCAAACUUACAUAUAUCUGCACUCAUUUUACAGUCGGACUGUCCUUCAGACUGUAUCGAAGUACAGCAAAUCUCAGACGAUAAAUGAAAGACCAAACGACGAUAUGACGAUAAACAAGGAACGAAGAAUUUAUAUGUAUAUACAUUGUACAGAAACUUUUAGUCUUUAGUCAUUGUACAGAAACUUUAUAAUUGUUUCCCAAAAGCUGUUGCUUUCUGUUAUGAUUAAUUUCAAGGAAACAAAAGAUUGAAAUUUAAAUUGGAGAAGAAUUGGAGAUUAUUAUUUCAGAGAAAAAGAGAGAUCGAACGUUCUUUUCUCGUUAUAUCAUCGAUAUCAAUAUAUCAAGUUUCUUUAACUAUCUCUACUUUUACUAUUAUACUUAUUUACUAGUUUUAUUUCCUACUCUUUUCUUUUGCUUCCUUUCACCGCUACAAAUGACCGUUACAAAAACGAAAAUGGACGUCGAGUUAUCACGAUUUCUAAAAGAGAUGAUAUUUCGCGAAAAAUUAUUUCGAAGAUCAAGUAUUUUUGAUACCCAUGUACUUUUAUUCAAUCAUUCGAUACAAUAAAUUAUGUAUAAUUUAGUUUACACAGGAA